GCCCUUCGGCUAAGUAGCUCGGCCAUGAGGAAGACCACCACAGGCCAGGCAGUCAACCUACUGUCCAACGAUGUGAACAGGUUUGACCAGGGAGGUAACGAUGUUCUUGCACUAUCUGUGGGUGGGGCCACUGCAGGCUAUCACAGUGACCGCCCUGCUCUGGAUGGAAAUAGGAAUGUCGUGUCUUGCUGGGAUGGCGUUCUCAUUAUUCUUCUGCUUUUGCAAAGCUGCUUUGGAAAGUUGUUUUCAUCACUCCGGAGUAAGACUGCAGCUCUCACAGAUAACAGGAUCAGUACCAUGAGUGAAGUUAUAAGUGGCAUCAAAACAAUAAAAAUGAAUGCUUGGGAAAAGUCAUUUAUAGACCUUAUUUCCAGACUGAGAAGGAAGGAAAUUUCCAAGAUUCUGAAAAGUUCCUACCUUAGAGGAAUGAAUUUGGCAUCAUUUUUUGCUGUCAGCAAAAUCAUGAUUUUUGUCACCUUCAUCACCAAUGAUCUCCUUGACAACCGUAUCACAGCCAGCCAAGUGUUUGUGGUGGUGACGCUGUUCGAGGCUCUGCGGUUCUCAAACACUCUCUACUUCCCCAUGGCUGUUGAGAAGGUGUCAGAGGCCAUUGUCAGCAUCCAAAGAAUCGAG